AUGGCUCAUUUUGAAGCACUGUAUGGUAGGAAAUGCAGAACUCCAGUAUGUUGGGAUGAAGUUGGUGAAAGAAAGUUAUUGGGUCCUGAAUAUAUCCAAAUUACUGCGGAGAAAGUAAAGAUAAUUAAAGAAAAGUUAAAGACAACCCAAGAUAGACAGAAGAACUAUGUAGAUAGAUGCAGAAGAAACCUUGAAUUUGAUGUUGGAGAUAGAGUUUUCCUGCGAUUGUCUCCAUGGAAAGGUGUUAUCAAAUUUGGUAAACGAGGUAAAUUGAGUCCGAGGUAUAUUGGCCCAUAUGAGAUUGUUGAACGCAUCGGCCCAGUUGCGUAUCGAUUGGCUUUGCCAACAGAAUUGUCCAGAAUUCAUGAUGUAUUCCAUGUUUCUAUGCUUUGUAAGUAUAUUCCAGAUCCAUCUCAUGUUUUGGAAUCACAACCAGUAGAAUUGAAGGAAAGUCUUACCUAUGAAGAAAAAUCAGUUCAGAUAUUGGAUAGGAAGGAACAGAUUUUGCGUAGUAAGACUAUUCCAUUGGUUAAAGUCUUGUGGAGGAAUCAUGUUAUAGAAGAAGCGACAUGGGAAAGUAAAGAGCAGAUGCGUUCUCAAUAUCCCCAGAUUUUUCGUACCUAG